CAGAUAGUUGGUAGGUGUACCAGAACCAGAUCUCCAUCUGCACAUUGCUCCCGUUCUUCUUUACCUCCAAUUUUAUCCACCUACCAGGCUUAUUUCUUCAUAUUUUUAAUUGGAUUCAAAGGUGCACCUGCUAUUUUCACCUCUGCUGCUAUCAAAUGCUCGCAGCCUAGCGGCAACACCACCAAAAAGAGGCUCAGUGUCUCCUUUACCCAUUUACUGAUUCAAUUUCUUCUGUUCAAAUUUUCCCCUCUAAAGCUUCUCCUGCUCGGGGGGAAUUGGAAUUGGUGAUUGGGUAUCAUGGAUUUGGAAUUUUUGCAAACACUUGAUGGUCAGAUUCUUUUGGGUGUAGCUGUUGCUGCUGUGGCUAUUGGUAUUGGUGCUAUCUUUCUAUUUUCCUCCAAAAAACCCAAAGGCUGUCUAGAUCCUGAGAAUUUCAAGGAAUUUAAACUUGUCAAGCGCACUCAGCUCAGCCAUAAUGUGGCGAAGUUUACAUUUGCACUUCCAACACCUACUUCAGUUUUGGGCCUUCCGAUUGGACAACACAUAAGCUGCAGGGGCAAGGAUAGCCAAGGCGAAGAGGUUAUUAAACCAUAUACUCCAACUACUUUGGAUUCUGAUGUUGGACACUUUGAACUAGUUAUUAAGAUGUAUCCACAAGGAAGGAUGUCCCAUCACUUCAGAGAGAUGCGUGUUGGUGAUUAUCUUUCCGUUAAGGGACCCAAGGGUCGUUUUAGGUAUCAACCUGGUCAAGUUAGAGCAUUUGGAAUGCUUGCUGGAGGCUCGGGAAUUACUCCAAUGUUCCAAGUUGCCAGAGCAAUAUUGGAAAACCCGAAGGACAAGACAAAGGUACACCUCAUUUAUGCCAAUGUUACGUACGAGGACAUUCUUUUGAAGGAGGAAUUGGAUGGACUUGCUGCCAAUUACCCUGAUCGCUUCAAAAUCUACUAUGUUUUGAAUCAGCCUCCUGAAGUAUGGGAUGGUGGUGUUGGCUUUGUAUCCAAGGAAAUGAUUGAGAAGCACUGCCCUGCACCAGCAGCCGAUAUCCAGAUACUGAGAUGUGGACCACCACCUAUGAACAAGGCCAUGGCUGCUCACCUUGAGGCACUUGGCUACUCACCUGAGAUGCAGUUCCAGUUCUGAUUCUUUUAUUGAGCCUCUCUAUUUGGACUGUCAUUUUUAUCAAUUGCAUGGCCUCAAUGAAAGACUCCCAAUUCUUUUUAUUUUGGUUCCUUCUCUCUGAAUGAAACUAUGUAGCAUUAAGGCAACUACUCUGGAACUUCCAGAAUGCUUUUUAGUUUAUGAGAAAAUUUUCCAUGAAUUGCUUUAA